AUGGUCCGGCGGUGGGUCCCGGGGGCGUCCCGGGGUUCCCGGGGGGUUCCCGGGGGUCUCGGGGCGCUGCUGGGGGCGCUGUCUGCGGCGGCGGCGGCGCUGGGGUCUCUGGGCUGGGGCUACAACCUGGGCCCGGACCAGAGCCUGCUCUUCCAGGGGCCCCCCGCCUCCUUCUUCGGCUACGCCGUCCUCCAGCACGUCCACGACAACACGCGAUGGAUCCUGGUGGGAGCUCCCAAGGCGGAUUCCAAGUACAGUACCCUGGUUAAGUCACCUGGAGCCAUCUUUAAAUGCCGCGUGCACACCAACCCAGACAGGAGGUGCACCGAGCUGGACAUGGCCCGAGGGAAGAUCCGGGGCAGUCUCUGUGGAAAGACCUGCAAAGAGGACCGAGAUGACGAGUGGAUGGGGGUGAGCCUGGCAAGGCAGCCCAAAGCCGAUGGCCGCGUGUUGGCCUGUGCCCAUCGCUGGAAGAACAUCUACUAUGAGACGGACCACAUCCUCCCUCAUGGCUUCUGCUACAUCAUCCCCUCCAAUCUCCAGGCCAACGGCAGGACCCUGAUUCCUUGCUAUGAAGAGUACAAGAAGAAGUACGGAGAGGAGCAUGGCUCCUGUCAGGCUGGGAUAGCCGGUGUCUUCACUGAGGAGCUGGUGAUUAUGGGAGCUCCUGGCUCCUUCUACUGGGCCGGAACCGUCAAAGUGCUGAACCUCACUGACAACACAUAUUUCAAGCUGAAUGAUGAAGCUGUGAAUCGGCGCUACACUUACCUGGGCUAUGCCGUGACCGCGGGACACUUCUCCCAUCCGACCGCCACCGAUGUGGUAGGAGGAGCUCCUCAGGAUGAAGGCAUCGGCAAGGUCUACAUUUUCCGAACCGACAGGCGAUCUGGAUCUUUAAUCAAGAUUUUCCAAGCAUCAGGAAAGAAGAUGGGCUCUUACUUUGGCUCCUCCUUAUGUGCAGUUGAUCUGAAUUCUGACGGUCUGUCAGACCUGCUGGUCGGCGCGCCCAUGUUUUCGGAGAUCAGGGACGAGGGGCAAGUUACGGUCUACCUCAGCAGAGGCAAUGGCAUUCUGGAGGAGCAGCCGGCCUUGAAUGGCGACAACGCUUACAACGCCCACUUUGGUGAGAGCAUAGCCAGCCUGGAGGACAUGGAUGAUGACGGCUUUCCAGAUGUCGCCAUUGGAGCUCCUAAGGAAGAUGAGUACAUGGGAGCGGUUUAUAUCUACCACGGAGACUCAGAUGGGAUUGUCCCACAGUAUUCUAUGAAACUGUCUGGGCGAAGGAUAAGCCCAACCCUCCAGAUGUUCGGGCAGGCCAUCUCGGGGGGCAUCGAUAUGGAUGGAAACGGUUACCCGGAUGUGACCAUCGGGGCCUUCAUGUCGGACAGCGUUGUUCUUCUAAGGGCCAGGCCGGUGGUUACCGUGGACAUCUCCAUCUUCCUUCCAGCCUCCAUCAACAUCACCGCUCCCCAGUGCCAUGAUGGCCAGCAGCCAGUGAACUGCCUCAAUGUGACCACUUGCUUCCGCUUCCGUGGCAAGCACGUGCCCGGAGAGAUAGGCCUGAGUUACGUCCUGACGGCCGACGUGGACAAAGAGAAGCCCCGGGUGUAUUUCGUGUCCUCGGGAGAAGCUCUGGGUCAGUUGUCGGAGAAACUGCAGCUCUCAGUCAUGGAGGAGAAGUGCCGACACUACCAAGCCCACAUCAAGCGAAGGGUAAAGGAUGUGAUCGAUCCAAUCGUAUUCGAAGUCGCCUAUAGCCUCGGGGAGCACGUGGUAGAAAAGGAGGAGAAGGAAUUGCCGGCUCUUCAACCUGUCCUCCGCUGGAAGAAGGGGCAGAAGAUAGCACAGAGGAACCAGACAGUUUUUGAGAGGAACUGUCAGUCGGACGACUGUGCGGCAGAUCUGAAACUUCAGGGCAAACUACUGCACUCCAGCAUGGAUGAGAAAAACCCUUAUCUGGCACUGGGAGCCGUCAAGAACAUUUCCCUCAACAUCUCCAUCUCCAACCUCGGAGACGAUGCCUACGAUACCAACGUGUCCUUCAAUGUUUCCCGGGAACUCUUCUUCAUCAACAUGUGGCAGAAGGAGGAGAUGGGCAUUUCCUGUGAGCUGCUCGAGUCGGACUUCCUCAAGUGCAGCGUGGGCUUUCCCUUCAUGAGAUCCAAGUCUAAGUAUGAGUUCAGCGUGAUCUUUGAUACAAGUCACCUAUCAGGGGAAGAGGAAACGCUGAAAUUUCUUGUUACCGCUCAAAGUGGCAAUAUCGAGCGGGCUGGAGCCCUCCAUGAUAAUACGCUCACCCUCUCUGUGCCUCUGGUGCAUGAAGUAGAUUCGUCCAUCACUGGGACGAUGUUCCCCACCUCCUUCGUGUACGGUGACUCUGUGGAGCCGUCCAACUUUGUUCAGCAUGAAGACAUGGAAUGCCAUUUUCAGCCCCUCAACAUCUCUCUCCAGGUUUAUAAUGCUGGACCCAGCACUCUUCCUAGAUCUGUGGUCAGCAUAUCUUUCCCCAACCGCCUCUCUGCCAGUGGAGCUGAGAUCUUUCAUAUCCAGGAGUUGUUGGUUGGUCAUGAGGGAGGAAACUGCUUUUUCCAGAAAAAUCCAACACCCUGCGUCAUCCCUCAAGACCAAGAAAACAUCUUCCACACCAUCUUUGCCUUCUUCACCAAGUCCGGGAGAAAAGUCCUGGACUGCGAAAAGCCGGAAACCCCCUGCCUCACCCUGCACUGUAACUUGAGCACCCUAGCAAAGGAAGAGACCCGCCCUGUGGCUGUCUACAUGCUGCUGAACACGGAGAUAUUAAAGAAGGACAGUUCGUCAGUCAUCCAGUUUGUGACCAGAGCCAAGGUGAAGGUGGACCCUGCCCUUCGGGUGGUGGAAGUAACCAGGGGGAACCCAGAAGAUGUGUCGGUGGUCUUUGAGGCACUGCACAAUCUGGAGCCCCGUGGGUAUGUCGUCGGCUGGAUCAUCGCCAUCAGCCUGCUGGUGGGGAUUCUCAUCUUCCUGCUCUUAGCUGUGCUCCUCUGGAAGAUGGGCUUCUUUCGCCGGAGGUACAAAGAGAUCAUCGAGGCCGAGAAGAACCGGAAGGAAAAUGAAGAUGACUGGGACUGGAUCCAAAAAAAUCAGUGACAACACCAGCCCCUGGACUUGGAGCCUCCUGCCCUAACUUGCCUGUGGUCCCGCUCCUUGUAUCUUCCAUAUGUGGAAGAAAAAAAAAAUCUUCUCCAGAUUUUUCGGAGACCCACUGAAGCCUUCUCCUUCCCACCCACCCUGCCCGACCCCCAAUCCGACCACGAGAGGGAGAGAGGCCCGAGGCAGCCCCAAAGCCGUGAGCAGACCUCCCCUACAUGGUGAACUCUGAUCUUGGGUAACCCGGAUGCCGUGUUGAGCAAUAUUUAUGAAUCCAAUUUACGUGGUGGGACCCUCAGGGGUAAAGUCUUUCCUAAAAGUAUUUUUAUAAACAUCCUCCUUUUAUAAUGAUCAUGUCUUUAUAUUUGUAGCGAAGUUUUAUCAUUUCAAUUAAAUAGCUCUAUAGUUCACUCAAGCACUGAUAUGCAGCUAAAACCUUGGAA